CGUAUAUACCAUGGUAUAUACGUUCGUUUUGUUCGCUGUCUGCAUUUGAAACUUUUUAUUCUGUCAGAUUUUUUUUGCCGUUACGAUUGUUAAGAGAAAAGCCCCAUGUAAGCCCGACUUCUUUCAGGAACAAUCUUAUGCUGCUACCUCUACAAUGGCUUCUAAUCUCCCUCAUGAGUUUCGGAAAUUCAUGCGAAGCUCUCAACUCCUGGGACGUAUCUUGAGUGAGACAAGUCGGUCCUUGAAGGAAAUUGAUGAUGCUGGAUUUUUUCAAGGAGAGGAAGUAGAGCAAGAGUUGUUGGAAGUUGGAACCACCCAUCAGCUGGAACAACUGUCUCGUUUUCUAGAGGGUCGUCCAGUUCUGGUAGUAUUGGGUCAGUCAUGUGAGGCUAGAGCACACUUUGUGAAUGCUCUACUGGAAACAAAUUUACUUCCAACUUCUGGAGGAAACUGGAGGUGGGCACGAAUACUAUUUGGCCGAGUAGGUCAUGUCGCACUUACAGUUGGACUAGAGUUUGAAGUGGUCGAAAAGCUUCAAGCUCAUGAGAAGCCAUGGAGCACAGUUCCAGAAGAAGAUCUGUUACGGCCCUCUGAGGAAGAUAUGGCUGUGGAGCACUUAGCUGUUGUGGAGGUGCAAAUUUGCCACCCAAUAGUUCGAGAUGGAACAACGAUUUUGGUUGUUCCAAGUUUGGACCAUGCACAACCAGACGAGAGAGCUAGCCUCUCUCACAUGCUGCAGUGUGACUCUGUUUUACCUUUGUUGGUCUAUGCUAUGGAUCAACCCUCUUUAAGCCAAAACGAUGUAGCUGAGCUUCAUGAGCUGAAGCAGUUAUUGCCUGACAGUCCCAUAUUUUUCACGAUGGUCUCUGCAACCGUUGAUUCAGGCAGUGUGGCUCCAUCAAGUGAUACGGCGUUAGAGCUCACUGAGUCUGAACAACACGAAUUGCAGCAUCAACAGGGUGCUCUUCCGCCACGAACACAAGAGGCAAAAGACAGGAAAGACGGUCGACCAUGGAGAAAGGACUCUAAAACAGAAGCGUUAGCUCAGCAACUUGAGAGUUUAAGCUUCCUGACAUCUGAAGAGGCAUGUGGCCCGACCCCCAAAAAUGGUUUGCGUGGUGAACGUUUCAAUCGAAAAUCUUGCCUUGUUAGUGGGUUGGAUCACCUUGAAGUUUUAAAUCUGUUCGUCAGAGGAGUGCUGAGGUCCCACCUUGUGACUGUAGCAAUGCAUUUGAAUCAGGUUCAUUGUGCUAUACUUCGUAGAUUUAUAUUAUGUGCAUUUGACAAAGCUCGUGAAAUCCAAAUAACCCCUCGCCGCAUGAGGUAUGCUUUGGAAAAAGAGACAGAGCUGUAUCGUGCUCUUGUAGCCAUGGCCAGUGAAAAGCAAGCCGAGGUGACUGAUCUCAUUGCAAGUACUUUGGAAAGUAUGCAGUCAGAGCUGGUGGAAGAAGCUGCACAGUAUCAGUACAGAGGAGCAAGUCUUUCAUCAGCUGGUGAAAGCGGACCAGAGGGUACUCCAAGAGCAGUGCGCUUAGCAGCAACUGAAAUCCAGCAACUUGUUCUCUCCCGUCUAUCCCAUGCUGUGGCUACAAGACUUGUUUGCUCAAUGGAUUGUCUUCAGGAUUCUGUAGUGGGAACGCUCAUAAGAACCCUUUGCAGUCUUGAAAGAACGGAGCGUUCUGAAACUGGAGAAGUGGCAGACAUAGCAGAGCCUGAGCUUUUUGUGUCACAAGAUUGUAAAGAAACAUCUGAAAGUUGGGAUUUCUCCAGUUGCACUGAAUCUCAAGGGUUGGUUGUAUCUAGUAAUCAAGGACCUCAACUCGCCAGUGAUGCCUUGAAACAAAUCUUGAGCGCUGCAUACUCUGUACAACUUUCUACAUCAACAUCUUCCUCUUUACUUCAUGGAUUUCUGGAAAGGCUGAGACAACUUCUACACAGUGUCCAGCUGCCAUGGAGUGCACCUCCACGUCUUGAUGCUGCAUGGAGACGAAGAGUAGCCACCGAAAUGUUGGAGAGUUUGAGCCCCCAGCGACUAGCCAAGUCAAUCUCUUCUCAGUUUAGAGAUCGAGUGCGACUGUCGCACGAAGCAUUCCUAGCUGCCUUAAGGUCACUCGCCAAUCAUUACACUGGGCAUUUAGAAAAGACUGAGGAACAGAGAAUUGCUAUUCGCGGACACCAUGCCCCUAGACUAGCAAGAUUGGCACUUGAAACCACAUCUAUUGCUGAUAUGGUCCGAUAUGGUAUGCCUCAACUGGGAAAGGAAAUUGGUCGAGGUCAAUACGGUGUUGUAUUUUCAUGUGAAUCUUGGGGUGGAGCUGGUCCAUGUGCUGUAAAAUCUGUUGUUCCACCUGAUGACAAGCACUGGAAUGAUUUAGCUAUGGAAUUUUAUUACACAAGGACUGUCCCGGAGCACCCUCGAAUCGUGCGACUCAGAGGAUCAGUUGUUGAUCAUAGCUAUGGAGGAGGCUGUUCACCUGCAGUUCUACUUGUGAUGGAUCGCUUGACAAGAGAUUUGUAUUCAGGCUUACGCUCGGGCUUACCAUGGCUAACACGCCUUCGAAUAGCUAUUGAUGUUGUGGAGGGUAUCAGAUUCUUGCAUUCUCAAGGAUUGGUGCACAGAGAUGUUAAAUUAAAGAAUGUCCUACUGGAUUGUGAUAAUCGAGCCAAACUUACUGACCUGGGAUUCUGUAUUCCGGAAGCAAUGAUGUCUGGUAGCAUUGUUGGCACUCCAGUCCAUAUGGCUCCAGAAAUGCAUUCUGGCCAUUAUGAUUCUAGUGUUGAUGUGUAUGCAUUUGGAAUUUUACUAUGGUACAUCUGUGCCGGCAGUGUCAAACUGCCAUCAUCUUUUGAGCAAUUUCUCAACAAAGAGCAACUGUGGACAUACGUCCGUAGGGGAACCCGUCCCGAGAAGUUGGCUCAGUUUGACGAGGACUGCUGGCAGUUGAUGGAAGAGUGCUGGUCUGGGGACCCUGCUGCUAGGCCACUUCUCGGCUAUGUCCAGCCUCAAUUAGAGAAAAUAAUGGAAAGAUAUUGCGGCCAGAAUGGCCACUCUCAUGAACAUUUGGACGGAGCUGAGACUCCGGGAACCAGCCAAGUGAACGGGAAUGAAGGGUUGGCCCUGCCCUUCACUGGGAACGACCACUGCUCCACCCCAGCCACACCAAUGCCGGGGCCCGUCCCUUCGUCCACUGACUUUUGGCAGCAUGUGAGGGAAGUAUAGUGAGCCGAGUGGUUUUGGAUGUUGUGAUAGGAAUCUCAAUUAUUUCAACUCAGUGUACUUAGUUCCGAUUGUUUUUAUUCCUUUUAUGUAUUUUUAGUCAUCCAAUUUUCAGUGAACCUGCUUGUUCUGUAAGUUAGUCAUUAAAAUCCCAUUUUACUCAGAAUAAACUCAUUCUACAUCUACAUUUUCAAUCUGCGGAUUAUGAUCCACACUGUAGGUAGCAUUCCCAUGUUAAUGUGGCCUUAACUUUUUUUUUUUUUUUUUGAAUUGCUAUGAUCUGAUAAAAUAUUCUGACUAAUGCACAGUAAGUUACUCAUAUACAUUAAAGGGAAAUAAACCUUUAAUUUGUAGCUGAGUUUUAAUGAUUUUUGUGACCAUUUGUUUAAACUCAGAAGAAAUUUUAUUGUGACAAUCAACUUCCAGGAAAAAGGUGACAAUAAAAUGUAACGCUCCUUUUUAUCCCAUUUCUUCUCUUAUGUGAUAUUGGUUUGUAAAACUAAGAUAUUUGUAUGUGAGAAACCUGUAGAGGUUUAUAAUUUUACUGACUGACUAUUGUUCUUUAACUCUUGUAGAAGUCGUGCAUUUUUAUUUUGAACCAAAUGUCUUCCUUCCUUAUUUCAUAUUGUUAUAUCCUUUUGUGGUAGUUACUCCUUGUUGCUGUCCAUUGUAUACUGACAUCACAGGAAUGGAGCAAGUUUCAUCAUGGUGUUGGAAAGUCACCUGUUUACCUUCCCUAGUCUCUCUUUUGAUGCUACCACAAUAAUUUUUGUAGCAUAUUUUACUUUUUAAUUACUAUUAGUUCUUUGUUGUUUAUUUAUACAUAUGCUUAUGGCUUAGGAGUAGGUGUACAUGUUAUUAUUUUGUACUUGUUGAUUUUAAGACUGAUUCGCGCAUUUUGCAUUAAAUUAGAUUACCCUGUCAUAAGUAGGAAUUGGAUGAAUUAGACAAGUAAGGAAAAAUGAAGCAAACCCCUGUUCAGUCAGUUUAUUUUACACCGCAUGAGACAUCAAUAUGUAAAUCACAUUCACUCAUGUUGCUUCUUGUAUUUCACUCUGUUUUGAUCCUUAACACUAUUCAGUAUUUUGUUUUCUGUUGAGGAAAAAGUCCAGUUAUGUGCAUCAAGGUCCAUACUAUUUUAAAACAGUUAUGUUUUCCCUUGUACUCUAAUAAAGCAUAUUUUUUUUACUGAAGAACUUUGUUACAAUAUUUAAUAGUUUAAAUUUUCCUAAUGUGUUUUGCUAGCUACAGUCAUUGCCAAGAACAAAUUUGAAAAUGUCACAAUGUUACUUCAAGUCUGCAAUUGCUCCUUCAUUACUAUCAGGUUGAACUGGAUUGCGCAUAGAUUCUCUGUGCGCCUUUAAGAUUAAAUUACACUCUUGU